AUGGCAGAAAAUCCCACCCUGUACCCGGUGAAUUCUUUCGAGAAUGACUCGGAGCCUCUUGGGGACACUAGCAUCGCAGCUUCUGCCAAGAUGAGAGACCAGUAUGACGACUCAUUCGCAGAUCACGAUUCCAACGAAUCCGAUAUUCAUCUUAUACCCACUGAAGGUGAUAGCAUCUCAUGGAGCGAAGAGGGCGGCUUGGUCGCAGCCGACAUACAAGGCAUCCUGAACAGGAACAACAUUCAUUAUGACGAAGCCUGCACUACUGAAAUGGAGAACCCUGAAUUCUUCGCUGAGGAGCAGACCUACGACUUGGGAGCAGAUGAACACUUCCACCUUGAGAACGAGGACGUCCACCUUGACCACGUUGACCACGACAGACAGCAUGCGGUGGAGCCCCUCCAUCUGGACCUCGAUGGCUCUGACUGCUCAGAUCCGGGAGCUGCAGAGGACAAGUUGGAACAACAGCGCUACUGGCAGUUCGAAGAAGCGAUAUCUCAGCUGCAAGGACCCAGAGAUCGCUUGACGGGUGACACUAUCGAGCUGAUGCAAGAGCUCAUCGUGGAUUCUGCCCUUGGUCGAUCUGAAGCUGCUAAUAACGCUCUACUCAUGCACCCCCUAUGGCUCAAGAUUGAUGGCGACUUGCCUUCCAAACUUCCCAGGGCCGCUUUCAAGGCGAGGCGCGUCUUCGCUGUCAUGCACCACGACAAUCCCCUGCACUGGACCCUUGGUGAGAUCGACCUCACUGCGCACACUUUCAGACACUACGACCCGAUGGGCGAUGCGGAGAUGAUCUACAAAAUCUGCCAACGUGUCUUGACUUGGCUGGAGGAAUUGACGGGCGAUGCUUUCAUGAUGGAAGAUCUGGCAAGUCUCAACUCCAACUCCUGCGGUGUCUACGUCCUUGAUGCCUUGAGCUACCUGAUCGAAGAAAACCCUCUCCCCGAAGAGGCGGAUAUGAUGCACCUCCGGCAGAAGCUGCUGCAGCUGGCUACCGAAGGCUUUGAUGCAGAUUUCCCCGGCGAGACAGUCAACUCUCACGAAGACCAGUUGAACGAUCCAGAUGUCUCGAUCGCGUAUUAUGAACUACUUUCCGAUGAUGACGGCAGAGAAGACCAGGGCGCAUCUCUGGACCUGAUAUGGGAUGCCCAGACUCGGCCGUUGAAGAGAGCCAUCGACGAAACGGACGCUAACGACAUGCACAGAGACAACAAUCAUUGCACUUGCUCCCAGUGCACAAAGCGAGCCAGAAUUGAUGGAUGA